CGACUGGCGCCUCCGCAUUUGUUAUAUUAUAUAUUUUUUGGCCCUUCUCCAUUUCGAUGUUGGUUUGAGAUCUACACUGCAUAUAAUUACCACGUAAACCAAGAUACAUCAUGUUGCCACAAAGUCUCCUGGUACUCGUCUCGGCUCUUGCCAUCACCUCUGCUGGUCUAGUUAGAAAGAGAUGCGAGUCAGCCAACGCUUCAUCGACAGUGUUAGCCACGGCUUCCUCUUCUCCUACGCCAUUGGCUUCCGCAACGCUUCCUCAGACCGGAGGCGCAACCGAACUACCCACUGUUAACGGCACACUCAAAGCCAUUGUCGUCGGGCAUGGCAUCCAGAAUUACACGUGUACUGCUGCAGGCGCCAACGCCACCUCAGCCGGUGCCCUGGCCGUUCUCUACGACAUCACAGGUCUGUACUCGUCGAUGACAGACGAACAACGGACACAACUGCCCGUCAGCGUCCUGCGUGACACCGAACUGCCUCUCAACCUUGCUGGCGACGCCGACGACCAAUAUGCUGCGAAUGUGUCGAACCCGUGGAAGGCCGACGCCGACAUCACCGUUGGAGGCAUCAAUACACCCCUGAAGGUCCUGGGUCACCACUACUUCGAUGCCGCCUCCACGCCGACCUUUGAUCUCUACAACGCCGCCAGCCUCUUCUUCAAGGGCGGCAAGCUUUAUGGUGCGAAGGCUCCUGCCUCUGCCGACCCCGGUCUACUCAACACCGGCGCGGUCGACUGGCUCCUGCUUGGUAACAAGGGUGCGUCGGUUGGCUUGGCUGAUGUAUACCGGGUUGUCACUGCCGGUGGAAACGCCCUCGCAUGUGACAAGGCUGGCCAGACCUUCAGUGUGCCUUAUGCUGCGCAGUAUUGGUACUACGCCUAGAUAAUGCACUAGGUGGCAAGACGAAUAUUUAUAAUGAUUGCAUGUCAGGGCGUUUUUGGGAGACCUUGUUUUCGAUAUUGCAUUAGUGGCGACUAGAAAAUUGGAUUUGUUUCCAGUUGGAAUGUUCUCGAGUUACUAGAUAUAACUAGCUUUUACUCGGGCCAUAUAUGGCCUCGUGGCCUAGAGAUACCCCUAGUUGGUCAUACGCAGGCUAUUUCAUGCCCUAUGGCAAGUCGUGGGAUUUGAGGAUACGGUCGUUUGAUAAGAUCACUAGAUUUGGUCUAACAACAUCAGUCUAUUUAAUUGAAUUUCAAGCAGUGGACGAGUCCUGAGCAACACAAUACCAGUUGUUAAAACGGAUUUGCACGUAAUUACUUUGAAUCUUGAUAGCAUUUGUGUUCGCUUGUCGCCAUGCAGCACUAAAUAC